AUGUACGGCCUCGUGGGUCCGAUGGAGGUGGAGGUGAACCUGUACGCCCUGCAGGGGAGGCGGAGGGGAGGGGACGACCCGGCCAGACACGUCCACGCCACGAUCGAUCACUUCCUCAUCAAGAUCACGGCGGAGGUGAAUGCGAGCGGGUCUUCGCUGCACGAGUUCGCCAUGACGCCGAUCGACUUGGAGGCGGUGAACAUGACGCUGCCGGAACUGAACGCGACGAGGGAGAGGACGGCGAGAUCGGACGUGAGGGAGAUCCUCCAGCGCAUCUUCUCCACCACCGGGUUUCUCAUGGAGAGGUUCAGGAAGUUUGCGACCGAGGCGGUGACCAUUCGGUCGCGCUGAGAGUCUCUCUCGGUGGCUGCUAAGAGUCUCUCUCGGCCGCCGAAGCCGCGAACAUGCUCUCUCGCCGAUCGUCUCUCGGCAGCUGAAACUGCGACCACGAGUGAUCGCCUCUCCAUCUCUACUGAUUAUUUCUCGAAAGUUGUUGCCGUUUCAGGGAGAAACGGUACUGACAGUGGAUGUUAAUGACAUUUCUUAGCGCGGUGACUCGAUGAAUAUGGUCUUUCCGUGUUGAUUAGUCGCGAAAGUUGUGUGAAAGUGCAUCGGUUAAAGCAAUAUUUAUCUGAAGAAAAUACACGGC